CAGGCGGAUGGCGACCAAGAAUUGCUCGAGCCCCAUGCCCGUGGGCGCGGCUCAGGGCGAUCCCGGGGAGGCGGGCCCGCGGCUGGGCCCCGAGGCCGCCGGCCCCGCCGCCCAGCUGAAGGCCAAGCCCAAGAAGGUGCGGAAGAUCAAGGCCCUCGUCAUCGACCUGGGCUCCCAGUACUGCAAGUGCGGCUACGCGGGCGAGCCCCGGCCCACCUACUUCAUCUCCUCCACGGUGGGCAAGCGCUCCGGCCGGGCGGCCAACGCGGGCGACACCCGCAAGGAGACCUUCGUGGGCCACGAGCUGCUGGGCCCCGAGACGCCCCUGCGGCUCACCAACCCGCUCAAGUACGGCGCGGUGGUGGACUGGGACUGCGUGCAGAGCAUCUGGGAGUACGCCUUCCACACGGCCAUGAAGGUGGCGCCCGAGGAGCACGCCGUGCUGGUGUCCGACCCGCCGCUCAGCCCCAGCGGCGACCGGGAGAAGUACGCCGAGCUGCUGUUCGAGACCUUCGGCAUCCCGGCCAUGCACGUGGCGUCCCAGGCCCUGCUGUCCAUCUACUCGUACGGCAGGACCACCGGGCUGGUGGUGGAGAGCGGGCACGGCGUCUCGCACGCGGUGCCCAUCUCCGAGGGCGACGUGCUGCCCGCGCUGAGCGGCCGCGCCGACUACGCCGGGGGCGACCUCACCAGCUACCUGCUCCAGCUGCUCAACGAGGCCGGCCACGGCUUCACGGACGAGCACCUGCACAUCGUGGAGCACAUCAAGAAGAAGUGCUGCUACGCGGCCGCCCUGCCCGGCCAGGAGGCCCGGCCGCCCGCCGACGGCCCGCGCGUGGAGUACGAGCUGCCGGACGGCAAGGCCAUCAGCGUGGGGCCCGAGCGCUUCCAGUGCGCCGAGAUGCUCUUCAAGCCCGGCCUGGCGGGCAGCGAGGCCCCCGGCCUGCCCGCGCUCGCCGCCGCCUGCCUGGCCCGCUGCCGGGAGGCGGGCUUCGAGGAGGAGAUGGCCGCCAACGUGCUGCUGUGCGGCGGCUGCACCAUGCUCCGCGGCUUCCCCGAGCGCUUCCAGAGGGAGCUGGGCCUCCUGUGCCCCGGGGACGGGCCCGCGGUGGCCGCCGCGCCCGAGCGGAAGACGUCCGUGUGGACGGGAGGCUCCAUCCUGGCGUCUCUGCAGGCCUUCCAGCAGCUCUGGGUCAGCAGGGAGGAGUUCGUGGAGCGGGGCGGUGCGGCCAUCUACAGCAAGUGCUGAGCGGCCGCCGGCCGGGCCCUGCGGGCGGGUGACC